GAGACAACAAUAGAGUGUCAAUUGCUUUUAGGUUCACGCAUGCAGGUACGUGUGACCAAAUUAAUUCUCAAGAUGGCGGGAGUCAGUAGAGGCCGAAGUAAGUUCUUGUGUAGCCGUCUGGUACGAUCGAUUCGAAACUUAUCUACUAGUGGACGAUUGUUAGAUGAGCACAAAUGUGUGGCUGUAGAAGAAGCGGAAUCGUUUAUUGAACGGUGUAUGAGGGCUGUUGGAACUCCGAAGGAACAUUGCCGAGCUCUAUCACAAGUUCUUGUCGCGGGGGAUGCGAGAGGACACUUUAGCCAUGGAUUAAAUAGAUUAGGUGAGAUCUGAGUGUUUCUAAGUGAUAGAUAUCAUACGGUGAGGUAAAUAACGGGUUUAAUUAUUGAUCAGUUUUAGUCUUCGUGAAUUAUAUUAGCCGAAAAGGUUAAGUACGUGCAUAAAGACAUGGCUUAGUUUGAAUAGUUAGUUUGAAUUUGUUUUUAACCUUAUCGUGCCCUCUACUUUGAAACUGGGGAUAGGUGGGAGAGUAGAAAGUUACGGAACGUCAAACAGAACCCGUGUGUAAAUUUCUGAAAUAACAUCGCCAAAGUUUUCAUUCAUAUUUUGACCAUUUUACCGAACUCAUAAGCAAAACAAGAGUGGAGGCAAAAAAUGCAAAGGGCCAGGAGAUAAUCCAGGGGGAUGGUGAUUGGUCCCCCCGGGAAAGCUGAACGUGCGUUCCUAAGACCAGAUUCCAGUUCCGAUUUUGUGAGUUUCAUAAGUGAGCAUAUCACAGGUUUUAAGUUUUAUCCUUAACAAACAGAUGCAGAAUCAUUUUGCUUCAUGAGAAUAUAGUUAUUUUAUGUGAAAGUAACACCAUUACCGGGGGGGGGGGGGUACUUCCUUAUAAGAGGCUAAUGGGGAUAUGCUGCCGGAUGGGGUCGCAUUUUCACUUCUGAAUUAACUAUAAUGGGGUUGCAUAUUUCAAUAGAGUUACUAGAAUAGGGUCGCACAUUUUCGGAUUUUUUGGGGUAAGACAGUUCUUCAUAUUUACAGUUUGCGAACAUACCAGUAUGUUUGUAUUGCAGGUGAAAAGUAAAGUGUUCUUCAUUGAACCUAAAAAAUGGGCCAGUUCAUAAAAAUAGAAAGGGACUAAGUUGGGAUUGUGAAAAUUACAUAUUUGCCCAAAAGUGGCUAAGAUGGGGUUGAUAAUUGGCCACAGAAUAGACUAUAAUGGGGUAGGGUCUCUUAGAGGCCUGUGGCAUAUCCCCAGCCAAGUACCUCCCAACAAACCCCCCCAGGCAAGGGCACCAUUAAAUGUGCAACAAGUAGACGAUAUGCUUGGCUCCGGCCCUCAAAAAACCCCCUCCAUUGACAGGCCUUGCACUAUGGGAUCAUAUUUCUCUCAUUUACAAAGUUCACGUGUACCUGAUGGCAGUGCCUAAAGCAGAUACCUAAGAAAAUGGCCUUUAUUAACCCUAUAUAGCAACCCAUUACAGAAGUCUCCAUUAUUAUAGUAGUAUGAAUAUAUGAAGACCUGUUUAGUUGAAGCUCUUGCAAGUGAUCAGCCCUCACCUGUUUCAACUAUGACCCCUCCCAUAAACAAUUAGGGGCACCUCUUCCUGGCAGUGUGCAAAGAAAGUAGUGUCCGAAAGCCUGGGGCUAGAGGAUUUUGCUAUCGGGCUAGUGAAUUCUGUGUUUAACUUGCCCGACGGGCAAGUGAUGUUUUUUGAGGAAUUCGAAUAACAGAAGAAGUGUGAAAUCAAUUCUGCUAGUCAAAAAGUUUUUGGGGCUAGUUGAAAUGACGUCUGGGCUAGUGAAUACUAGCUUCAUCUUGCCUGAAUGGCAAGCUGUAAAAAUGAUUUUCUUUGCACCCUGCCUGGUCUUUCCUUUGUUAAGUUCUUUUGAAAGAAAGGGCAAUAUUGAAUCCUGAAAAAUUUAUCAAAUUUAAGAUAAUACAGAACAUAAACAACUAUAUAAUGACUCAUUGACUUUUACACACAGGAAUACAAACUGAGUAAGUUGCUCCAAUGGCAAUAUACAAAAAUGUAAAGCAUCCUCCCUGUAAGCCCUCAUAAGGGACCACCAAUAUCAUUCUUGCAAAUAGCCAUCUCUAGCUUCCUCACACAUGAGGCAGUUACUCAUGACAGCUUUAUUGUUGGUAUUCAUGGGACCUGAAUAAAAAUAUCUGUGAUACAGUAGCUAUAGAGAAGUGUCAGGGGAGGUAUGUCACUGUUAAUUCAGAAACAGCAAAGUUUGUGUUUCCAGUUUUAGCAGCUAGUUUUACAAAAAAGCCUUUUUUUGUUAAUUUUAGAAAUGUAUGUUCAUGAUAUUGAAGUUGGUACCACGGUUCUGGAAGGAAAGCCUGAAGUGGUGAAUGAGACUUCUGCUACGGCACUUGUGGAUGGGAACAACCUGCUUGGACCAGUAAGUGGUUAUAACAAAAUAAAUUGAAUCCAUGAUUUUUUACACUCUCCUAGCUACCAUCUGGUUGUCUGCUAUUUAGUUAUUUAUUGUAAUAUUUGCUUGUUUGUUCAUUUUUAUUUAUUUUAGUUUAUAAAAAGGUGUAGAUAUGUGGUGAUAUGACUGACUUAUUAACACCCAAAGGUCUAGUCUAUCAUAAAUCCUCUAUUAAACCCCCAGGGGCUGGUUUAUUUCAAGCAUGUUUGAGGGCAGGCUCAAUAGAGCAGGGCUUCUGAUAUUUCGCGGAAAAAAAAGCAAAAUUUCGCGGGAUUUGCAGGGGCAAAUUCGCAGAAAAAUUGUCCGAUUUCGCGGGAUUUUCGCGGGAAAAAAGUCAAAUUUCGAAGGAUUUUCGGGGGCAAAUUUAUGGGGGGAGACUUCGCCAAGAAACAAUCAGUAAAAAGCAGCCGAUUUCGCUGGAUUUUUUUUAGCAAAUUUCGCUAAAAUCGAUCAAUUUUGUGUCGAUAAGACCAGCGUUGUUUAACGUUUUUUUUAACAGGGAUAAUCAUUUGCUCUUUCAACAACAGUUCGCUCGAGAAAUGAGCGAAUGCUAAAGCUAUUAACAUUAUGGUUAGUGCCCAGUUUUGCGCAACAUUAAUCUAAGAACGCCUGGUAGUUUUGGGACGUUGUUUACUCGUUGCAGUGAUGAAGUUUCAAGAUAAAUUUGGACGUUUGGGGUGAAUAAAACAGGUCUAAUAGCCAAGAUAAGUAUUAAAUAUGUUUUGCCGACAUGUAUUUGGAAAUAUUUCUGGCGGAUUUCACGGUAUUUCUUGUUUUUUUUUGGGAAUUUCGCGGAAAUACCUGAAUUUCGCAGGUCCGCGACCGCGCGAAAUAUCAGAAGCCCUGAUUGAGGGUGGGGGUGGGGGAGGGGAGGGGUUUAAAUAAUGAGAAGGAGCUUACUAACUUUCUUCCCCCUGAAAAGGGGUUGUGGAGGCAGUGUUAUUAGACAGGGUCGGCCAGGGGGGGUAGUAGUAUACUAGUAUACCCAAAAAAAAUUUGCCAAAAUACCCAAAAUUCAUCCAAAUGUACUUAAAACUAUACCCAGGUAUACUUUAUACCUGAAAUUCAAAGAAAGUGAUAUACCGAAUACCCGUAUUUAAGCUGCAAUAUACUGUAUACCCGAUUUAAAAAGCCCCUGUAUACCGUAUACCCAAAAACCCUGGCCGACCCUGAUUAGAGAAGGAGGGCUUAUUUGAAAGAGGGGGCUUAAUAGAGGAUUUACAGUGGUAUAGUUUCAUUUGGUGCUGAAAAUCCACCCCUGGUACUUGGUAGAUGAAAUUGCUGUUUCUUUACUACAUAAGGUUUGGGCUGAUGGAUACAAAAUCAUGAAAAGUCUGAUCUCUAGCAUUUCUGUUUUUUUAUUACAUGUUAUGGCUACAAAAUGUCAUUUCACGUCAGAGCUGCUCUGUGCUGCACACAAACGGACAGAUGAGAGCUCUGCUAUAAUAAUUGUAUACUACAAAAGAUGUACCACUCAAUAUUUAUUUUGCUGAGUAUAUGUUGACAUGUAGGUUGUUGGAAACUUUUGCAAUGAGUUGGCAAUGAAGAAAGCACAAGACACUGGAAUUGGCUGGGUAGUUUGUAGAGGUAACUGAGUCUUAUCUAGACUACAUGUAGCCACACCCUCCCCCCAAAGAAGGGAAAAAGGGUGUGGCUAUGCAUAGGCUAUCUUUUAUGAAGUGUCAGUUUAUACAAGAUGCAGAUUUCUUACACUCAGGUCUGAGCCUAUACUACUUUAAGGCAGUGUUCACACUUGGUACCGGGGAACACCGCUCCAGUAUGGUAAUUACUUAGCACCAAAAUUUUCAAGUACUCAAGUGCCAGUGAAAGACCUCAUUCUCAAGCAUAAAAUUUGGCACUGGGUCUCUCUGUGCACACUGAUUUUGUUACUUCUGGGACAGUCCACUGCUGUAUUAAUUCGCUGCUAAGCUCAUGUUCCACAAUGGCGUCUGACAGUGCAAAAUGGAGUAACUAUGUACACAGAGUCUUAUUCCACGUACUCAAGGUGUGGACCCAACAUCUUUGUGUACUGGUACCCAUUGGUGGGCACUGGUUCCUGGGCACAAAAUGUGGACAGCCCCUUACUCACCUAAACUCAACACAGGUUGAUAUCUAAGUUUUACGCAAUCAUAGUCUUGUAAUAUUAUGAAAUUUAUGAUAAUAAAUAUUAUUAUUCUGCUAGGUUCAAAUCAUUAUGGCAUUGCUGGCUGGUACACCAUGAAGGCUGUGGAGCAAGGUCUUAUUGUAAAUAUUAAUAUCAGUUUCAUUCUACUGACACCCUUUCAGUUUAUUAGCAUGACACAACGUCGGUAAGUGAGGAUUGUGAAGUACUAUGUCCUAAGCCCUAAAAAUGCAUAACGAAGAUUGUCUGUUAAACAUCCUUCAUCAGGCUAUUCAAAGUUCAUGAGCUUUUACCAUGUCAUUAAUUAAGCUCACAAUCACUUGCCAUGUCCUGUUGAAAAACAAAAUACUGUUUAGAGAUGUGUCCAAGAACCAUAAGCCAUGAGCAGUACAGAAUUGGGUCCAGACUGUGGGUUAAAAUACAACCCUGUAUAAAAAAACAAAAAUUAUAGUGGUCACCUUGUAUAUUACAAUCAAAUUUUCAGUUGCCUUAUAUUUUCUACAAAGUUGACCUGUAUAUAGCGGUCUUCCUGUAUAUAACGGUCACCUUGCCAUUUUCCAUGUGUGACCGUUGUAGGCAGGUUUGACUGUAUAGAUGCAGGCAAUAUAAACUAGGCCCCUGUUGUUCAAAAGCUUAUAGCGCUAUCCUCCAGAUAAAUCACUUUAGUAUUAUACUAAAACAGUGGAUAGUGUUUUUCACGCGCUCUGAUUGGCUACUCAAUCAGUGAAUAUCCUGCACUAUUCACUGAUUCACCUCCAGUUCCUCCGAGCGAGCGACGCCAAACUCGCGUAAGUUGCGAGCAAAAUGCCUUCCCGGUUUGCUGCCGUAAACAAACAAAGAAAUUUCACAACUAAUCAAGCAAGCUGUUUCCAAAAUACACGAAGAUGGUGACGAAGUUCGGAUUGGAAGUUUUAACAGGUAAAGCUUUGUCUUUUUGACACGAAUUUAUCGAUAAAACCGGUGAAAAAAUUUUUGUUUACAAAUGCAAAUUAAGUUUAAGUCUUGCGUUACUUUAUUUAGUUGAGUUGUUCAUAAAUAAGCUUAAAACUAAAUUUAAUAAUCUUUUGUUAUAGAAUGAUUUUAAAUACAAAAAGAAUGCACACCUCUUUUUGAAGAAAUUUCCCCGCAAGAGCUAAACAAAUGUCUGCAAAAGUUUUAAUUGUCGGCAAGAAAAAGCGACGGCCGCGGCCGCCCGGUCAUUACGCGCCAAAAUUGUAAUCGUUGGCAACAGUAUUUGAGUUAAAAAUCAUCAUUUUUGUGCUCAAUUAUCUCACUGUUUUAGUAUAUACUAAAACAAUUAUUCACCUCAGUGUCGGUGGCUAGUCGUGGAUAUUUACCUCACUGCUUCGCAGUUCGGUAAAAUAUCCACGACUAGCAACCUCCACUUCGGUGAAUAAUUGUUAUUUACAGUGGAUAAGUAUUAGCCUAAGAGAAACCAAUUGGACUAUCCACUGGAUAGAGAUUUACCCAGUGGAUAGUGUUAUCCACCUUUUGAACAAGUAGGGCCGGCAUCAUAACCUUGUGCUUUACUGAUUAUUGUUUUAGGGGAUGAGUCUCACAAACACUUCACCACUGGUAGUGCCAACUAGAGCUCGUGAGGUAUGUUUAUUUUAAAUGACCCUUAAUUCUUAUUAGAUUUUGUCGUGUAUGUCCCAAUCAUUUCUAUUGAAAAGUUCCUGCCACAAAAUUAUCAUUAUGGUAGGUAUGUACAUUUUAGAGACAGUGUAUAAAGGCACAUGCGCACGUGCAACUGGGCAAGGAGCGGGAAAAAUGGCACUGGUGAGCUCAAGCCCUCCUUUUUUUGGCUCAUUGUUGUUUUGUUUUGCCAUAGUAUACUUUUAUUUGUUUCUUUGAGUUUUCUAUUUUUGUUGUAGCUGCAGAGUUUGGUUGCACCACAUUCUCUUUGCUGACUUUGUCUUGCUUAAUGUUUGUCGACUGAGUUCCUCUAAAAGCCUGUUUACAUGGAGGUGGGGGACCCCAGGUAGGUGAGGUAACCCACUUUGGUGUGGUCACCCGCCUGUCCAUAUAAUCUCUCAUUUUAAUUUGAUCUCGUUUACAUGAUAGGUGGGGUGACCCGCCACCUGUUACCUCACCUAUCUGGGGUCCCCAACCUUCAUGUAAACAGGCCUUAACAUGUAGGGGUAGGCGGUGUAAUAAGACGCAAGACUCACUGAGAUGACCAAACCCACAAAAAACUCUAGCCCCUACUGCGACUCAAGAGAAAAAAAUUCUGACAAUAGUUUUACCAUUGAGACAUUACAAAUAAUGCUUCCAUGGUUUAGAGAUUUCAAGGCACCCGUAGUGUGAUUUUUGACCUCAGUUAAGAGAUCAUUUUUUUUCUCUGUCAGGUUACGGUAGGUACUAAUCCUAUAUCAGUGGCUGCCCCAGGAAAAGAUGGUGAUAGCUUUGUUCUUGAUAUGGCAACAAGUUCUGUUGCUCUUGGAAAGGUAAGUGGAUAGGAAUUUGGUAGGGAACGUUAGGAAGAGUUACAGGGUUAUAAUUUUCUGACGUUUACAUUAUUAGGGAGUUUUUAAAGGUGCCACACACGACGAGGACGGUGAAAACUUCGCUUAAAAAGUAACUUCCCCUUUUUUGAAACGUUCAGGGCGAUUAUGCCAAAUGCAGGCGAACUCUUCAGAGAGUUGAAUUCUUAAGAAAAGAUCUGAGUUCAAAAAGACGGAACAGUGGUUCGUCGUCGCUUAUUAACGUUCUUAAUAAAACUUGAAAUUUGGGAAUUUCACGUCGUAGUUGUGCAGCAACGGUAAAGAAAUUUACAAAAAAGCUACGUGUUCUGCACGUGCAACCUCACCUCACCGAUCGAAUUUUCGACCGGUGGGAAAAUUUGACUGGACACUUGGUUCACACGGGACCGUUCAAUACUUUCGCUUUGUUCACACAAAAAUUUGAACUGCUAGGCGUUUAAAUUUUCCUAUGUUUAAGGUCAUUUGGUGUUAACGGAACACCUAAAAGCAGGAAUUUUCAACCGGUGGAAACCUAUAGCCGUUGAAGUCGCCGUCGAAAGGACCUUACGACACUAAGACGGUGACGGCAACGGGAACAGGAACAUCAAAAAAGCGGUUCAGGUUAAUGAGCAAACAACAACUUUGCACGUGCAUCACGCUUUUUUGUACAUUUCUUUGCCGGAUCUUUCACCACCCGGAUCCAUCACCAAGGGCCUGAAUGUUUGGUUACUGAAAUUUUUAAUAUUUAUUUUUCAUAUUAUUGCCACAACCUAAAUAUCCUCUACAAGUCACACGAACUGUAAAACUUAUGCAAAUGACCAGUUCAGGCCUUGACUGUCCCUUGUGUCUUUUUCACUUCAGAUAGAAAUGGCAAACAGGAAAGGAGUGGAAAUUCCUCAUGGCUGGGGUGUGGAUUCUACAGGGCAGGUGAGAGUUACUUUUGUUCAAGACUGAUUCACCAGUGCACAAUUAUGAUCAGCUUUAUCCGAGAUAAAAAUUCUUGCUACUUUAAUGCUGUUAUUGGAGCAAAAGAUGGCUGGGGGAGGGUGGGGGGAGGAGGAAGUAAGGUCAGCAGCUGGCUACAGAUUCUUGUAGCACGAAGCAUCAUUUUUUGGCGUGGUAGCCCCUGUAUAAAGUCACUGCGUGUGUGCGAGUUUUUAGGGACUACAGUGACUGGAAACCUUGCAAGGAUUUUAACUGAUGUAGUUGUAAAAGAACCAUGCAAUUGAUGGCAAAACAAAUUAAAAGAUCAUCGCCUCCUGGGGCCGCUUUUAUAAAAAUGUUCUUUGGAUAUGUGCACCCUUAAGUAUUGUUUUGGGAAAGUAAUCUAUGGACCGUUUUGAUACGAUAAUUUUAACGAGUGCAGUCCCAGUUAUCUUAAGUGAUUCUUUUUACAAAUCGACCCUGGCCAUCAAGCAAUUGUUGUAAAAGGAAUGCUUCCAGGUUUCUGAAUAUUUUUUGGCCUGUUUAAUUAAGUUUUUACUUCGUCUGAUGCUCUGACUUGCUUGAUUUGUUUUAAAGGAAACAGUCUAUCCAGACAAAGUUUUAACUGGUGGUGGGCAACUCCCUCUUGGUGGAAUGGAAAUCACAAGUAAGUCAUUUAAGGAGAGACGGAUCCGGACACAUUUUGAAAAAAAAGGACUGAUCCCUAUGUGGUGUGUUCAAGAAUUCUGAAAGUAUUUUGUCCAGGAAAAAAGGCUCUAGAACAGAAUCGUUGACAGAACUCUUUAGAAAUGCCACAAAAUUUUAUACAUACACUGUGCUCCCGCUUAAACCGCCCAUAGUUGUUCCGAAAAUGUAGCUUAUAACAAUGGCGGCAGAGAUGUUUGGUUUUGAGAGAGGACAGGUUUUCAUAACCACACAAGCAUAAGCACUGACGCGUUUAAGUCUCGUUUCAAAAAAAAAAAAAAAGAAAAACGACAGUGACUACGUUACGCGCAGGUCUCAGUAAACAUCAUCUUGACCAAUGGCUAAUCAAUGUCAGAGAAUUAUGGCAGUGAAAAAGGAAAAUUGAGCACCGGCAGUCGUGUUCAGUCCUUUCUGUAAGCUCUUGUGUUCUCGUUUGACACUAUUCUUAUUUGACGAUCAUUUGGCGCUGCUCUCGUGAUUUCAUUUGACGCUGCGUUGACUCUGCUAAAUCUGCUACAUAGUUAAAAAUUAGGUUAUUUUAUUAUUGUGGCUACUACUCUUAGUAGACAGAGCCUCCUUUUCUCUUCUUUGAUUAGGAAGAAGCCAAAAAAGCACAUUUGGAGGAUCUGCUCCCAGGGUCAUUUGAUUUCAACACAGUUUUAAAGUUAGAUUUUUACUGCUCUGUGAUGACUGGACGGCAUUCUAUUUCCUUUCAGGUGGCUUCAAAGGCUAUGGUUUAGCAGUCAUGGUUGAAGUGUUUUGCGGGAUUCUUUCCGAUGCGGCGUUUGGUCCAAACAUCAGGCGGUGGUCAGGAGACGAGAGAGUCGCCAAUUUGGUGAGCGCUUUAAAUGCCUUGAGUUGAUUUGCUGUCCUUGCUUUUUUUUUGUGCGUGUUUUUUAUUAUGAUUUGUUUUGUAUAUUUAGGGACAAUGCUUUGUUGCUUUAAAUCCCAGUGUUUUUGCUGCUGGAUUCGAAGACCGUAUGCAGUCUCUCAUGGACCAUUUGCGAAACCUCAAACCGGUAAGUGCCUGCUAGUGGAAUGUUAAAAUUAUCCAACGCCAUUAAAGCGACCUCACCGGAAUUAAACGUUGUGGAUUCAUUUCUUCACGAAAAAAUCAGCACAUUCACCAAGGGUAAAACACUAAAUUAAGCUUUUACUGAGCUUUCAUGAGGUGGCGAGAGGUCGACAUGUUUUGCAUGAAAGAUUUGAAUCUCGUUUUUCGCAAAAAAAAAUUAGGGGAUGCUUUUCUAUCGAUCGCUUGAGGAACCGCUCAGAGGUCGCAAAGCUUGUGUGAUAACAACGAUGAUUGACAAUUUUUUUUGGCAUUCUUGAGUGUGAUUGGCUUCAGCUAUGCAAUAUAUUUAGCGAGCCCUUUUAGGUUCCCUAACUUGGCGCGCUGUAAGCGAGUAAAACAGAGCCUCGGAAAUACGAAGUACUUUGUUUAAGUCUAGAAGAAAAUUCUUUAUGCAAUGCUGUUUGAAGUGAGGUUUGACUUUGCGUUUCAUCAGAUUGAGGGUGAAUCUGCAGUACUUGUGGCUGGCGAUCCGGAAAGGGAACACAUGCGCAAAGUAGAGCAAGAUGGUGGUAUUCAUUAUCACAUAAAUUUACUGUCUGCUAUGGUAAGACUAAGUGUUUUACAGUUUGUAGCACGGCAAUAGUCUUGCGUAAUAAAUCUCUUUAUACACUUUCACUGUGAUACAUGUCCGUUUCGUGGAACAAAAAAAGAAGAACAUACUUUUUUUGCUUUCUUUUGUUUUGUUUUUUUUUGGACAAGACCAUUAUAAAGAUUAACAAGACACCCAGCACAGACAACAACAUUUUUUUUUCUUUUCUUUAAAAUACCCUUUGUGAUAUUAUUCUCUUAAACUUUCCCUCUAUUUAGGAUAAACUGGCAGACCGACUCAAUGUGCCAAGAAUGCCAACAGUGACUAAAGAAUGAACCUCAACGAACCAGCGUUGCUGUGAUAAUCGCUCAUUAGGGACUUCAAGAUCCAACGACGCGACGGCAAUGAGAACGUCGCUUAAAAAGUGAAUUUGCGUUCUUUCAGUCUUUAUCGCAAUUAUUCCUACCCACUUACUUUGUCAAAUGUAGGCGAACCCUCCUGGAGUUGAAUUCCUAGAGACCAUAUCCAAGUACAGAAAGAGAAAUUAAAUUUCGUCGUUGCUUGUUUACGUCCUCCAUAAAACGCCAGAUUAGGAAUUUUCACGUCGUAGUCGUGCAAAAAUGGACAAAGAAAUGCACAAAAAAGCGCGAUGCACGUGCAAAGUUGUUGUUCUGCUUAUAAAACCUUUUGUUUUUUUGACGUUCUCGUUACCGUCCGCGUCGUUAGAUCUUAAAGUCCCUAUUGUCGGCCUACACCGCAUUGAAGAGUCAUCCAACAAAUAGUUAUUACUGUGGAUAAGUUGAAAUGCCGUGCAGACUUUUCGAGUGCUAGUCCGUAGUUAGAGUUGGUCUCAAGGAAGGGUAGCGUUCAUGAUCAAUUUUUCUGCUUUUCAGUCUUUUUUGCAGGGUUCAAUCUAAGGUAUUUGAGGGGUAGAAGCUUCCUCCCCCCAAAAAAUACCCAGCCUCCCCCAAAAAUAUUGUUAUCAUUACAGGGUAUAAGUAACUAUAUUGGAAAAAAUCGUCCAGACGCGACGAGGUCAGUGCACAUGAAGUAAGAAUUCCCUGUCUAAGGACACUAUAUGACAAGGAACCUGGAGUAUUAUUUAAAAAUAAAAUACCACUGUAACAUUUAUUAAAAUUGUCUCACAAAAUGCAACAGAUUGUAUCUCAGCGCAUGUUAAUUUUAAAAAAUUUCCGGGGGGGCACGCCCCCGGACCCCACCAGGAAACUCAUGGCCUUCGGAUACUCGGCACGUCUCCUCCAAACAAUAAAUCUUAGAUAGAACCUGCUUCUAGCUUGCAUUGAAAUGAACUCGAAUUUCUACGACAUUUUGGAGCUUGAGAAUGCGAUUAAACUAAAAAAUUAUGUAGAAGAAAAAAGAAACUUUAGUAACGCACCCAUUCGCACAAACACUGAAACUCGUUAAAAGCUGUACUUUUCAACAGGGUUUAUUUUGUUUUCUUUGUAAAAGGUACGAGUUAAUUUUUGACAAUCAAACUUGGUGCAAUUGGAAGCGCAAGUUUUCUUUUACAAAUUUUUUUAUUCUGUUCAAACGGGUUCAAUUAUACUUGUUUUGCAGGUGUUAAUGCUGAAGGCGGUAAUUUAUAUUUUAUUAUUAUUAUUGUUUUUAUCAUGUAAUACACAGCUGCUUACAGGCGUCAUUCAUAUUGUGUGAUAAAACAAAUGAUUGUGUAGAUUGGUCCAUAUCAAAAUUUAGUCUAUGAGGAACGAACAACUAGCUUGUGUACAGACCCCCCCCCCCUCCCCUCAGGA